CACUAAAAAAAAAUAUCUUAAAAACACAAAUCACGGAAAUUCACUGAACUUUUCGAUGAUUUUUAUUUUAUUGUGGUGAAAUUUGUGAUCGUUUCUAUGUGAGGACAUAUUAAUAUGGCUAUAUGAUAUAAGUACAUUAUUAGUAAAGCUAAAUUUAGACAAGAAUUUGGUGUAUCUCACCCUUUCAGCAAUGUAUUCGUUCGAGGGAGACUUUAGGCGAAAGCCUCAGCAGAAUUUAGCGGGCGCCAGUGCCCAGCGCAAGACAGACAGGGACGCCUUAAUUCUUCAGUCGCAACAACAAAGGCAGAAACGAGAGGAACACCGGAAAAGACUCAAUGCCACUAUAAAGAUUCAAGCAUAUGUUCGGAGCUAUCUAAUGAGAAAACGCUGCAAACAGAAUGAGAGAGAGCAGUUUGACAACAUCUUCCCAAGAGCCAACUCAGAUGACUUUUCUGUGAUGUCUACACUUGUUGCCAAAAUUCUAUUCUUUUAUGACGAUAAAAAAGAUUUCCCUAGAUUGGUUUCCAUUUCUCAAUUACUAUUAAAACAAUGGAAGAAAGUCUUCCUUAGUAGUGGUUCUUCAAUACAAAUUCGUAGGUUACUUGCUUUACAUCUGCGGCUGCUUAGAAAAGAAAAUGAGGUGCCUCUAGCUGUUCCUUUAAGAAUGUUUGAAGUGUUUACUUCCACUGGCUCUGCAGAGGCAACCAUGAAUUGUGAUGAAGCACUUAGUGUUGUUGGAAAUACAUUCUUAUAUUUAGUUAAUAGAGGCUAUUUCAAAGACUUACGUGAUUUAAUAUGUGAUCGAACCCCACCACUAUAUGGACCAUCACCUAAUCCACCUACACCACUCUGUGGAGCACUACUAGACUUAAUACAGAGACCUUUGAACCUUAUUUCACAUGCAAAUGUGCCUGGAUACAAUGAUGUUGUUAUGUCACAAUUUGCUUCGUCAUUCCUCUGCAACCCAUACCCUGAGCCAGUAGAAAUGUUCAUAAUACCGGCAUUGGGUCAAGAUCCGAACAGGAAAUUUCCAUUUUUACCUUUACUACAAUGUCUUCAAGAUGAACGCAGAUUUUGUAAUGGAACACUGGUCAAUGAUUCCUGGCUAUUGCACUCUGUUUUGUCUUUGGAACCUUCGAAUUUCGUCAACGAAAUCCGCAACCUGAACAACUCAAGACUGCCUAACAACCCAAUUGUUCUAGACUACCUAAAAAUUAUUGCUAAGUUAACAAUAAAUGUUUGUAAUAAGCAAAUCACUUAUGAAUAUGAGGAUGCAUUGUACAGUCAGGAGACGGCAGCAGACAAAGACGAUGAUAGUGAGAGUGACAAUGACCCAAAUCCUACUUCAGUGAGGGAGCAGAUGCUUCUAACUCGCUGCAUAGAGCUUAUGAACGAGCCGGAACGUUGUAUCAUGAGUACUUGCUCGCAAAUCACCGAAAACGAUCUGAGUGACGACUUCUUAGACUAUCUGUCUCAGGUCUGUCACAACCUUUUGCUGAGUCAUCGGAUGGCGUUGCAUAAAUACAGGUUGCUGUAUACGCUAGCAUUUAAACCGAUAUUCCUUCGUGGUCUAUGGAAGUGGUUGAGCAGUAUGAGCCAUGAAUCCUCAUUCGGUGGUUCCGUCACACCGCUGCUCUCGGCUCUAUCGCGUGGUAUGGGGGCAGAGUCGUCGGUCAUCGGAGUACAUAGGCUACUGGCGCCUUUGGCAGUCUUCUGUGCCUUGUUUUCACUGCUGAUUGGAACUCUGCACGAUACGGAGUUCUGUCGAGAUAUAGAUGAUGAUGAGAAGAUGAGCAUGACAAGUACAACUAGUUCUGUAACGGGUUCCGGGGGUCGAAUUCACGCGUUUGAGUUCUCAGAAUUAGGUGGGUUAUGUCGCACCCUGCGCCAAGUAUGCCUCGGAUUGGUCGAAUUAGCUUACCCAGAGAGUCGCCCGGCUGUACUCUCCGGGCAAUAUAAGGACGCUGUUGGAGCUGGUCAGAUUGAAUUCUCAGGGCGGAAUCAAACGCCGGCGUGGUCGCAUUUGUUUAAGGUAUGCACGAACCUUCUACGAGCACUAUACGUGCGCGACUCUCGCCUGCAGUUCUGCACGGGGUGGGAGUGGCCCGCGGCCGGCGCCGUGCCCGAGGGCGUAGCCGCAGUGAGGCUAGUAGCAGCCGCGCAUGCGCCCCGGAAUCUGCGCUCGGCCAGACCGCAACGUCCUUUACAGAACCUAUCCGCUGCGCUAUCUCAAGAGGAAGGGCCACCGCUAACCAUCAAGGAAUUAAGAACAGUCACAAUAUUAAGAGAAAUCCCUUUUGUCGUACCAUUCUCGACACGCGUUCUCAUCUUCCAAGGGCUGCUUAUUAGGGAAAAGCAAGACCACUGGUAUGAGAUGACGAACUUCAAUGAAGGACCCUCGAUCAACAUUAGUGUGCGUCGUUCUCACUUGUAUGAAGACGCUUUCGAUAAACUUAGUCCUGAUAAUGAGCCGGAUAUGAAGCUGAAGUUACGGGUGCAGCUGAUCAACCAAGCUGGCGCCGAGGAGGCGGGCAUCGAUGGCGGCGGGCUCUUCAGGGAGUUCCUUUCAGAGUUACUUAAGUCGGCGUUUGACCCGAACCGAGGUUUGUUCCGGUUGACUAGAGACAACAUGUUGUACCCAAACCCGGGUGUUCACCUACUCUAUGACGAUUUCCCGAUGCACUAUUACUUUGUUGGACGGAUGUUGGGGAAGGCAUUAUACGAGAACCUUCUAACAGAGCUUCCCCUAGCAGAGUUCUUCCUGGGCAAGUUAUGUUCGACCCGGGAGCCCGAUGUGCAUGCACUGGCGUCACUAGACCCGGGCCUGUACCGCGGGCUGCUGAUGCUCAAGUCUCACAGGAGGCAGGAUGUGCCUGAACUCGGACUGGAUUUUACCAUCGUUAGUGACGAGCUUGGGGAACAAAGGAUAGAGGAAUUGAAGCCAGGCGGUGCAAACAUUCCCGUAACAGCUGAAAAUAGGAUAGAAUAUAUUCAUCUAGUCGCCGAUUACAAACUAAAUAGACAAAUAAGGUCACAAUGCGCCGCUUUUAAGCGCGGCUUAACAUCCGUGGUGAACGUGGAGUGGCUGCGCAUGUUCUCGUGCCGGGAGCUGCAGCUGCUCAUAUCCGGGGCCGAGGUGCCCAUCGACGUGGACGAUCUCAGGAGGCACACGCAGUAUGCAGGUGGUUUCUCAGCGACGCAUCCGACAGUGCUCUGCUUUUGGAAGGUGUUGGAGAACUUCACGGAUGACCAGCGGCGACAGUUGCUCAAGUUUGUCACCAGCUGUUCCCGCCCGCCGCUACUAGGUUUCAAGGAGUUGCAGCCCCCCUUCUGCAUCCAGUCGGCGGGCGCGUCGGACCGUCUACCGUCGUCGUCCACAUGCAUGAACCUGCUUAAGCUUCCCGAGUUCGGCUCGGAGCCCCUACUAGCAGAGAAGCUGCUCUACGCAAUACAGGCCGGCGCCGGCUUCGAACUUAGCUAGGAUGGCGCCAAUGGUGAAGGAUUAAAAAUAGUGUAUGUACCUAUUUAUUUAUCAUGCAGUUUAUUUUUCGAAUUCAAUGAUAAAUUAUCAAUCUCGAUGUGAUAUACUUACAGACAUACUCAGUGAAGUAUUUUGUUGUAAAUAAAUGUUACCCUUUUAUUCUUCACGUUUCAUUUGAACGAAUGUUUUUUGUUGACGAAUCAUGAACUAUUUAUAUUUAUGACGUGUUUGUGCAAUUAUCUAGUAAAUGGUGUAAAUAAAGUUGAAAAUUUCGAAUAUUUGGCCUGGUUGUGUCGGGAUCUUGGUUUCUGUGUUCAAGUUUGUAUUCUGUUAAGAUUAUAUUAUGGCUGAUAGCUGUGUAUCAUUAAGUCUCCGACGUUCUAGGAAAUUUGAUAGAAUAAUGUUUGUCUUGUUUCUGUCUUAAGUCUGAAAUGAAAUCGGCGCGCCCUCAAAUUGUGUACAAUGUAAAGUUAUAAGGGCACGUCCACGCAUAAGAUAUUCUUGUGUCAAAUAUGCGAAUUUAUAUUUUAGUAACUUAUAAUAAAGUUGUCGAAUACUGCACAA